GCCAAAUCUGAGAGGCGGGAGAAGAAAACAGAGAGUGAUGAACCGGAAUGAGAAUGAAUGGAAGCAAAUGAUGCGGCCCCCUCGCCCAGGGCACCUCUCCACGUGCACUCGCCCACCCACCCCCAAGUGAACGCUCCCGGGGAGGCCAAGGAAUCCGCCUCAGUAAAAGAAGAGGAGGAAACAUAAAUCUUCAAGUUGGAAGAAACUCGGACCGAGUUACCAAAGCCUCUGCUUUCUGAACUUUUUUCGUUUUGGUGCCCUGCGUCCAGGAGUGAGUCUCGUUAUCCCCUUGCUUGCAUUCUGCCCGCUAAGAGUCAUCAUCUUGUCCUCCUCCUUCACUCUAGACCGCCCUCACUCCCUCCCCACCCGGUGGAACACCCACCCCCCGUAUCCAGGCUUUCAAUCCUUACACCUACACUGCCGUUACAAAGUCGGGGAGGGGGUGCAAAAGUCUGGGGAGGCCACAGAAACAGGCAGUGUGCCCUGGUGCGGUCCUGAGCUCAAACCACACCGGAGCAUGUCUUGAGACACGACCCCUCUCCUCCCAGCCUCCAAGCUCCAGCACCUCGGCGCGACGCUACCGCGCACUCGCAGCUCCCUAGCGGCGAGAGGGGGCACCAGCGCAGCAGUGGAGAGAGUAGGGGUGCGCAGGUGGGGGGCACCCCCCUCGGCAGCCCGGGAAAUCCCGGCCGCCACCAGGGGACGUGCCACCGCCCCAACUUUGUGGAGCCCCCAGGCAGCAGCGGCCGGGAUGGAGCUAUCUUCCCGCGGCCGGGCGCCGCCAGACUCGCCGCUGGACAGCGUCUCCUUGACCUCGCUGGAGUCCAGCGUCUUCUGCAGCGAGGGCGAAGGGGAGGCCCUGGCGCUCGGGGACAGUUUCACGGUCAAUGUGGGCGGCAGCCGCUUUGUGCUUUCGCAGCAGGCGCUGUCCUGCUUCCCGCACACGCGCUUGGGCAAGCUGGCCGUGGUGGUGGCUUCGUACAGACGCCCCGGGGCCCUGGCCACGGUGCCCAGCCCCCUGGAGUUCUGCGAUGAUGCCAAUCCAGUGGACAACGAGUACUUCUUCGACCGCAGCUCUCAGGCGUUCCGCUACGUCCUGCACUACUACCGCACCGGCCGCCUGCACGUCAUGGAGCAACUGUGCGCGAUCUCCUUCCUUCAGGAGAUCCAAUACUGGGGCAUCGACGAGCUCAGCAUAGACUCCUGCUGCAGGGACAGAUACUUCAGAAGAAAAGAGCUGAGUGAAACCUUAGAUUUUAAGAAGGACACAGAAGACCAGGAAAGUCAACAGGAGAGUGAACAGGACUUCUCACAAGGACCUUGUCCCACUGUCCGCCAGAAGCUCUGGGACAUCCUGGAGAAACCCGGGUCUUCCACAGCUGCCCGCAUCUUUGGGGUCAUCUCCAUCAUCUUCGUGGUGGUGUCCAUCGUCAACAUGGCCCUGAUGUCCGCUGAGCUAAGCUGGCUGGACCUGCAGCUGCUGGAAAUCCUGGAGUACUUCUGCAUUAGCUGGUUCACUGGGGAGUUCGUCCUGCGCUUCCUGUGUGUGCGGGACAGGUGCUGCUUCCUCAGGAAGGUGCCAAACAUCAUAGACCUGCUUGCCAUCCUGCCCUUCUACAUCACUCUCCUGGUAGAGAGCCUGAGUGGGAGUGAGACCACACAGGAGCUGGAAAACGUGGGCCGCAUCGUCCAGGUUUUGAGGCUGCUCAGGGCUCUGCGCAUGCUGAAGCUGGGCAGACAUUCCACAGGAUUACGCUCACUUGGGAUGACAAUCACCCAGUGUUACGAAGAAGUCGGCCUACUGCUCCUAUUCCUGUCCGUGGGAAUUUCUAUAUUCUCCACCGUGGAGUAUUUUGCUGAGCAAAGCAUUCCUGACACAACCUUCACAAGUGUCCCUUGUGCUUGGUGGUGGGCCACAACAUCCAUGACUACGGUGGGCUACGGGGACAUUAGACCAGACACCACCACAGGCAAAAUCGUGGCCUUCAUGUGUAUAUUAUCGGGAAUCCUUGUCUUGGCUUUGCCUAUUGCUAUUAUUAAUGACCGCUUCUCUGCUUGCUAUUUUACCUUAAAGCUUAAGGAAGCAGCCGUUAGACAGCGUGAAGCUCUGAAGAAGCUCACCAAGAACAUAGCCACUGACUCAUACAUCAGUGUGAACUUGAGAGACGUCUAUGCCCGGAGCAUCAUGGAGAUGCUUCGACUAAAAGGCAGAGAAAGAGCAAGCACCAGGAGCAGUGGAGGAGAUGAUUUCUGGUUUUGAAUGCAUUUUCAAUUUAUUUACAGAACUUGUGAAAAACUGACUCAGUCGAUAAAGCCUUGAUACGGUCAUCUGUGUACUGCUGAGGAGUCACUUUUGAGUACUCCCUGUGUUUGUUUUGCUGAUACCUUGCUCAGUCUGCUAGAAUAGUUGAUACCUCCCCAAACCUCUGCACAGGGCUUUGACAGACUUGAGUCUCAAAGACAACCAUUGAGCACAACCCAAUAAGCGAGGCCAGUAUGUACAUGUCAGAAUUGCCAAAUAUAAAAUAUUGCAGUACGUACAACAAAGUUGAAUAUUUUAUGUAUCACUAAUUUUAAAAGUUUUUUGCACCACUAAUUUAAAAAAUAAUGUUACAUUGCAUAGCCCAGACAAAAGAUAAGUGAACAUUUAAGAAUACAAUGAACAACUUUGCUAUUUAAAGAUAUUCCCCAAAGAAAUAAAAAAACUUUACCCAUCCAUUAAAGCUGUUGAAUAUAACAGUCACCUCUGCAAGAAAAAAUAUCCUGAUUUGGUAGUUAUGUCUUCCCUCUGGUGCAAACCUGGCUCACAAACGGACUGACCUCUGAGUUCUACCAUCACUAAUGUAGAAAGGCUUCAAGAAGUGCGCAUCUUUGGCCUCCCCACUGCAGGCUAUAUGCAAAGUAUAAAGCAGAUAUCUCUUAGUACUUCAUGGAAAUUAGACGGUUUUUAUCUCUUUAUUGAUGUCGUGUUCAACUUCUGUUUUUAAAAUCAUGAACAUGUAAAGGUGAAGUGAACAGUUUAAACUUACACAUUGAAAUUAUUCAUUAGUCUUCUUUUAUAAAAUUAGAACAUGUUUAAUGAUAUCACUGGAUGAACUUGAAGAUCUUUUAUUUGUUAAAAAUAUAUGGAUAACUUUCUGACUGUCGAGGUAAAUAGCUAAUGUUCAGACUUCGCACGCAUUGUGACCACACUUGGACAUUCAUGAUAAUAAAAUUCUUAGAUAUUCUGUUAUAUAAUUAAAACCAAAAGCUCUAAACCUAAUAAUUAAUUGUUUCCCAAUAUUCUAGUAAAUGAGGUUUUAAAACUAAUAAUAUGGAGUAUCACUUUAAUACCUGCAUUUUCAGUAGGUGUAAUAUUGUCCACAAUGGGAUGGAAAUCUGUUCUUGGGGAACAAAAGUAUCUUACUCUUUUUAUUCAUAAAACAUAUAUACAUGUACAAUCCAUAAACAUAUAUAGAAUAUAUCUCUGGUGUUAAAAUUUAAUAGGG